UAUUAAUAGUAGUUUUACAAAAAUAACAACCCUUAAACAAAUCUCUCAAUACUAUUUCUAAUCGUAAGCAGUUGCUUUUUUUGGAUUACCACGGAAAUUAUCUUUGUAAAGAGUUAAAUUUGAGAAUGGCUUCUUCAACUAUGCCUUUCUUAGCUGGAACAACAACCCCACCAAUUCCAAAAGGUCUGAGGCAUGUUCCACUUUCCCGUGUCAAAGUUUCAAAUUAUAUGAAUUCUAAUUCAAGGAUUGAAAAGAGAGGAAAUGAUGGCUUCUGUGUUGCUUAUAAUUCCAUGUCUUUGGUAGAUAAAUCAAGAUUGAGCUCUCUCAGAAGUGGUGGUUCCGUUGUUUUGGAAAGACCCUCUUUUGAUCAGUCUCAAUUCGACCCUUCUCCCCAAGUCGAACAAGGAGGAGACAUUGGACGACUGAAGGACAAGAGAGCGCCCGUAAGUGGAGAUGGAUAUAGGGUUUUGCUGCUUGAUGAUCCCCGUCACACAGAAUACCUUGUUUUGAAGGUUUUACCACAAGUUGUUCCAUCUAUUACUGCAGUUGAUGCAAGUAAAAUCUUUACUGCAUCCCGGCAAUAUGGUUUUGCAGUCGUUAUAGUGACCGUGAAGGAGUACGCAGAAUUUUACUCUCAUAUGAUGAUUUUAAGGGGUUUGCGGUCGUUAAUCGAGGCAGAUUCGUAUACCGUGUGAAGUAAACGGAGAGAAACGUAAAAUUUUGUAGUGAGAUGAAAAUUCGAGUGUAGUUGCAGGAACAUAGAUCGUAUAAACAAUAGUCAUCUAUUCUUGUUUGCAGGAGAUAUUGCGUUAUCAUACAGUUGCUUUUAUAGAUAUGCAAGUAUUAAAACUUUUGACAUAAAAGAAUAAAUGAUACCUAAGCUAUAAAAACUUGUACCCUUGCCUCUCUUCUCUCCUUUUUUACUCUUGAAAAAGCCUACCUCCAUUGUUAAUUUUGGGCCUACUAUCAAUGUUAUGGUUGAUGGUAAGCCCUCAAUUUUUUUAUUUUUGCUUUUUUAUUUUUAUUUACAAAAUAAUACAUUCUCUCUAUAUUAUAGAGUUAUUCUAUUUAUUUAUUGGAUUCGAUCUACCCAUACAUUGGGUUUUAAAGUCUCUCAUGGUGAGAGUUAGGAGUCUUUUUAUCAAUUCGAUGGUAAAAAGGUAAAUGACGUCAUCAUAGAUGUCAGUUCUGCUAAUACAGUCAAUAGUAUCAAACUUAUCUCUAUUUCAAUGCAACACCAGAUUUAAAUACCCCUCGGAGGAAGCUAUAUUAAACAACAAUGUGUUCGAGGGAAGGCUUGAGUGUUAUGUCUCUUUUAUAAUG